CCAGACAAGAACCCAGAAAACAUCAGAAUUGAAGCUUCCAAACCACAUGAAAUGAACAUGACAUGGGAGCCACUAAAGCCCAUGGAACAUAAUGGACCUGGUCUGGAAUACAAAGUGAACUGGAAACAGCAGGAUACCAAUGAAUGGGAAGAAGAAACAGUGCAAAAACAUUUUCUAGUAUUGCAGAACACCCCUACUUUUGUGCCUUAUGAUAUCAAAGUCCAGGCAGUGAACAAGUAUGGAUCUGGCCCUGAACCUAAUAUACUAACUGGAUAUUCAAGUGAGGACAUUCCCGAAGCAGCUCCUUCAAACGUAAUUGUGCAAGUCCUCAAUAGCAGUCUGGCGAAAGUCAUCUGGUCCACAAUUCCAAAAGAUCGGGUUCGUGGACAUCUUAGAGGAUAUAAGGUCAACUGGUGGAAAAUCCGAAACCGUCUGGAUGAAAAAAAUCAUCACCCAGAGAAACACUCCUUGACAUUUAAAGCAGACCGAAAUGAUGGAAUGGUCCCUGGUUUAGAGCCUUUUAGCAUCUACCAUUUAACUGUCUUGGCUUUUAAUUCCAAAGGAAAUGGACCUGAAAGCAUUGCAUAUGAAUUCCAAACUCCAGAGGGAGUCCCAGAAAAACCACACUUUCUAAAAUUACUAAAUUUUGAAAAAGACUCUGUAACACUGUCAUGGGGGCCACCGAAGAAACCUAAUGGAUUCAUUACUGGAUACACAUUACAGUACCAAAUGAUUAAUGAGACUGAUAACAUUGGGCCUUUGCAUGAAAUCAGUAUUACCAAUUCAUCAUCGUUAAGUUUCAGAUUGUCUAAUCUAAGCCUCAGCACAAAGUAUAAAUUCUAUGCAAGGGCCUGUACAGUGCAAGGAUGUGGAAAACCUAUUACAGAGGAAGGAGUAACAGUAAACCAUGGCAGUAAAGCUGUCGGGAAGAUUACUGAAGUUAAGCCUACCCCAAAGAGUCAGCCUGUUGAGGCUCUUGAUCCUGGAACUGCAAAUACAAUUCGACUAAUGACUAAGAAUUGGGUUGAUAAUAAUAGCAUUUCUGCAGAUGUAAUUGAGACCAGGGGGAGAGCUUACACUGGAAUUUAUGAACGAAUCUCCACACAAGGUUGGUUUAUUGGACUGAUGGGUGCCGUCGCUUUGCUUACCUUACUGUUGCUUACUAUCUGCUUUGUUAAAAGGAACAAAGGAGGAAAAUAUUCAGUAAAAGAAAAAGAAGACUUGCAUCCAGAUCCUGAAGGCCAAUCCAUAAAAGAUGAAAUCUUUGGUGAAUAUAGUGACAGUGAUGAAAAGCCGCUCAAAGGAAGCCUGCGGUCUCUUAACAUGGACAUUAAAGGUGCAGAAAGUGCUGAUAGCUUAGUGGAUUAUGGAGAGGGGGACCACAGGAUGUUCAAUGAAGAUGGUUCGUUUAUUGGCGCUUAUGCUGGAUGCAAAGAAAAAGCCUCGGUUGAAAGCAUUGGGAGUUCCACAGCAACCUUUCCUCUCCAUGCAUAAAAUAUUAAGCAUGAAUUAUUCAUUUCAGAUCAUCGUAUUUAUCUUUACUUCUCAUCAAAUAUUAUACAAGGCAGAAAUAGGCUGCAGAAAAGUUAAAGACCUGGACAUGCAGCAGGUACAGAAACAGGCAGAUGACUUUAAAAAGAUAUUUUUUUUUGAAACUUAACUCUUUUUUCAAGACACGGACAUUUUCAAUUCAUUAAAAAAAGAAAAAGACUCUGAACUAAAGUUUCAUCACACAUGUCAUUUAGUCUGACCAAAACCAUACCUUCUUCAGUGUUAUAGAUGUAUUUUGGGAUCUAAUUUCCUCCAGGUCUUUUACAACCCAGUUUUAUAAACAUCUCUUAACUGGAACAGCAGUCAAAGAGUUGACAUUAAAUGAGCAACUGCUACAACUCUGUCUUUGAUUUGGGUCUGGCAGGCUAUAGAAUGUUAUAACCAAAUAUUAUGGAGAGAAGGUUAUGCUGGCAUGACUGACACUGUGCUAGCCAAUGGUGCUGGAAAGCUUCGGAAGCCAAGUAGUCCCUUAUAUCUCUAUACUAUCCUUUUUCUUGCUCAGUUCUCUGUUGCACAAGGAUACAAUGCGAAGCCAACGCAUCAUGUCUGCUGAUGGUCAUUCUUGCUGGUGUGCUUAGUCAGCGAUAAUAGCACAUUAUCUUUCUGUUGGGAAUAACUGAUGGUGUGAUAUAUUCUACUGCAUGUACUGCACUCUGUACACAUUCUUGUUAUGUUGUAACUAGUAACAAUGGGCCCUAGGUUAGCAUUUCCACUUUCUUACACGUUUCUGCUUCUCUGUGUAUGUUUCAAACCUCAUUUCAUAGUAAUCCCAUAUUUUCGGUGUUACAGGGAUCUUCAGGCAAAAAAAAUGUGUAGCAGCAACAAAAAACAUUAGCUAGUGAUAAUAGUGCACUCCGCGAUAUGUCUUAUUUUGAAAAGAUAUGGAAAGUGUGCCAUUAUAUGAGAAUUUGUAUUCUGUAUGGAUAGAUAACAAGGCCUUCAAAUAUAGCACAGUUAGAUGAUAUUUUAUGUUUUGCCCACUAGCUGUCACCCUUUCUUUAUGCAAGCAAAUUCAAAACUUUCUUUGGGUUAUAGAAAGUACAUGGCUCUUUCAAAAUCGUGGAGUUUUACUCAAUUCAAACAAGAAGAAGAAAAAAAUCAGGAAAGAGAUGGCUUUUCAAGGAAAUAGGAUUUUUCACCACUUCAUAUUUGAAUGCCCACAUCUCUUUUCUGAAUGUUUGUAUAUAUUAAGUUUAUACUGAUACUUUCAGGGGAAGUCAUGCUAAUUUUUAUUUUGUCAAGGUGCAGCAUGUCAUUAUGGAAUUUGGUGGCAAUUUAAUUCUUCCCAGGAAGUUACAUUUAGGGGGAUACAAUUCAUUUUUCCAAGCAAAAUAUAUUCAGAAACAUUUAUGAAUCUCUAACUAUGAAUAUUGUGUCUCACUUAUUAAAUCAAAGCAAAUGUGAUUAUUGAAAAGGGUUUCUAUCAAUGCUUUGAGUGUAUAAUAGAGUUGUCACCCAAAGUUUAAAGUUUUUUUGGUGUACGUUGUAGAAAGGAAGACAUAUUCAUUAUAACAAUGUAGAUACUAUUGUAUGCAAAACUAUCUUGGAAUAAUAUACUUCCCUAUUUUAUUUUAAUAUGUUAUUUGCCUUGUUACUCAAUUCUCUUUCUUAUCUUGGUAGGCUUUUACAUGCCCAUUUUGUUAAUUUUGAGACAUGCACAUUAUUCAAUGUUCCUUUUCCCCUAACCCCAACCGCAGAUAACAAGGAUGCAAUUAACUAAGCACUGAUCUUCAACUCAGAUCAGAUCCAUUCAUUUUGGCUAGGACUUAAUAUUUUGGAAAUGUCAAACAGCAUGUUACAUAGAAAGUAACAAUUGUCUGUUAAUCAGAGUCCUAAUUACUUAUUGCAACAUUUGAACCCAGCGCUGUAUAAAAAGAUAAUUUCAGCUCUUGGUCCAUACUAAUGGCUGCUAGGCAAGAUACCACUGUUCAAGUGGUAAGGUGCUAAUACAGUCUUUUAUAAGCUGUAUAAACUUGACAUGUAUCAAAGGAACUUGUUUUCUUCCCAUUGGGGCUUUGGUAGUGAUAAGUAUAAAUACUUCUUGGAGACAAAGCAGUCCUAUUAUCGCCUUCCACCUUCCCAAAUCCCAUUAAAAUUAACCAUUUUGUUUCCGAAGUUUGAUAGCAUGGUUUCCAUCUUAAGGGAAUGGGGAGGCAGGCUUUCAAGAGACCAUGUGCAGGGAACAUUUUGUUCCUCAAUAUUCAGCUCCGACUCUAUUUGAAAUAUAAUUUCCCUACCUUUAUUUUUUAAAAAGCUGCUAAAAGAAGGACCAACUCUCCUUUGAGUCAGAGUUGGCCCUGGAGAAUGACAAACUUGGGCAGCCUUCUCCAGUCCCUCUUCUUCAACUGCUGGUUUUAAUACCUUCCUGGUCUUUCCAUACAAAAGGGGUAGAAACAUCAGAGAAGAAGGAUGACCCAGAACAUGUUAUUUGAAGAGUACAUCUGAAGGUUUCUUCCUUUACACCUUUUUGUGUGUGCAUAUAAUUGAACCAGAAGAUGCAGCAUCACAAUUUGCUAGUAGAACAAUCCUCCUUUAAAAUAAGCCCUUGCUUUAUGUGGAGAUUUGUUGAUAUAGUUGACCAGUUUUUAUUCCUCCGAAUCAUUCCAGUCUCUCCAUUUCUUUUAUAAAGUCCAGCCUAGGAAAUCAUCAUAUAAUGAGAGUGUUCCUGGAUGAACUGGGAAUGAAGGAAGGGGAAUGAACAGUUCAUUGCGGGAAUCAACUUCUCAUCAGGGAGAGAUUUCUGUUCUUGAUAUUUCCAUAGGCAACCAUUUUUUUUAAUCAAUAGAAUUUCUUUUAAAUUGUGAGGAAGACUAAACAUGACAUUUUGUGCCAAAUCAGAAGUAUUGCAGCUACCUUGCAUUUUUUUCUAUUAUGUGAUAAUGGGCUGUUUGUCUAAUUCAGAUGUACAUGAAUAUUAGAUGUUUUAACGUUUCAUAGUCUAAGGAGAUAUUAUUCCAGUGGACUGUGAAAACUUACUAGUGAACCUUUAGAUACAGCAUGAAGGAUUUCUGAAGAAAAGUGUUUUCUUAAGAAACAAUGUAGAUUGAUAAACAUACAGAGACAUACACAAACACACACCAACAUCUACACUAGAACAAAGACCACUGAGGACAUUGUGAUACUCGACACCUGAAAAAUGAUAGUAUCUAUGAACCUGUGAAAGAAAUGCUUUCUGACAGAUCUACAGCAUUCUCUUUUAUUUCUCACUAAAUUUAUUUUACCUAUGGUAAUUUCUCCUUCAGAAGAUGUAGUAGAGUUUAAUAUGACAGCUCCCAGCUUUUAAACCAUGCACUGAAAAGUACAAUCUAGAUUUUAAGGUCUGCAUUGGAUUCUUAAAUUGAUGCUCCUGAGACAUUAAUGGUUUUAUCCCAAAAGGAACAUCAUCUUUGAACUGAUCGCUUCCAAAUAUCUGCAUAUUCCUCCAGAAGUAAUUAGUUACAUUGUUGUUUUGGAGAGAGAGGUGAAAAAAAGUUUAUGUUACAAAUUUAAUUGCUCACACCAGAAUAUGGAUUUUGAUUUCAGCAGAGAUGUUCCAUUUUUCCAUUAAUGUGAAUUUUAGAUGAUAGCAAUAUGAUCAUAAAAAUGGGAAUAAUGCCAAGGCUUUUUGUCAAUGUGGAGCAGAAAAAGUCUAAUAUUAUUUGCCACUUUAUAAACUGAAUUGUCUAUCAGGAAUUUGAACUCACAGUCUAGUUUCUUCGACUCAAAUGAUUUCUUGAGGUAUCUCUGAAGGAGGAUCUGUUAAAAAAAGGUCAAAGUAAAUUCAGUUAUAUCUAGCUUACAGCCAAAACCAUCAAGUUAUGAUUAUUGGUACUGUACACAACCAAGCUGUACCAUUUCCUGGCAUAGCAGAAAAUAUGACUAGCUGUUGCUCUCUGUCUAUCAACAAUUUGCACUGACCUCUGAUCUUCUAAUCAAUUAAAGAGAAUCAUUUCAAAGACUCUAGGAAGCAUGUGUAAUAUGUCACCAGAAGAUGUAAUAGAUAAGUUCUAUGUCUACAACUCUGUAAACUUACCAGAGAGGAAAUCCUAUUUCAUGUAAUUUUGAUUGUGUUUCAGUAGACAGAUGCCAGAUAGACAGAAGAAAUUAUUUGAAAGUUACAACGACAGCUCUGAGAAAUGAUUGGAAGACAUAGAGGAAAAAGAGGAGCAAUUUGGCAAUGAGGCAAGAGUAUGUUGCCAGUUGUACUAGUGGUGACAAAAAUAACUUUGAGUUUGUACGACCACAGAAUGCAGGAGAAUCUAAGGGUAAAACAGUAACUCAAGCACUAUGGCAAACUAGAGGGGGAUGAGCCUUCUACUGCAUUCCCAAAUGUCAGAGAUGGUCUAGGCCUACCGGGGAGACUCCCACUUUCUAUAAAGUUAUAUAAUUACAUGGUGAUGAAGUAGUAGAAAUAGUAAUAGCUCCCAGUGCCUCCUAUUAGUCCCUUAUGACAUUUCUCAUUCAUGGCAUUGAAUCUUCUCAUUCAGCGAUCUGUUCAAUAUCUAAAGGAAAGACAAACCAGCUGUGUGUUUAGUUUCCACUGUAUUCAUUUAUUAGUCUAACCUAGACUUUCUCAACCUGGGCAACUUGAAGAUGUGUGGAUGAACAAUUCUGAGAGUUGAAGUUGAUACAUCUCCACGUUGCCAACGUUGAGAAACAUUGGUCUAACCUAAUAUUGAUUUGUGAGUGAAGUUGCCAAAUUUACAUAUAGCACAGAUCAAUCUGGGUCUCAUUUAAGGGGAAAAUAAUAUGUGAAUAUUGUUGUAAAUCAUUUCAGUCAAUUCAAUUUUCUUUGCAAGGAAUUAGCAGGUGCUCAGAACUUGACCAUCCCCUGUACUCUUCCCAUCCUUCGUGGUAUAGGGUUUCUUGCCUGAGCAGGGAAUUGGACUAGAAGGCCUCUAAGUCCCUUCCAAAUCUGUUAUUCUGUUAUGCUUCUUCAGUUUGUGGCAUGGUGUACCAGAUCACAGCCAUGGUUUUAGAUAGGAAUAAUGUUUAGCUUCCACAUAAUGAGAUCUGGUAUUUAAACCAUAAUUUAUUUUGUUGCAUUACUGAUAACACAUUUGAAUAAUAUGCUUCAAAUGUUGUAUACAUAUGCUCAUUCAACUGAGUUUAAACAAUUGGGAAUGAGAUUCUUGAUCCCUUUUAUUAAAUUAGACAAAAAUAAGAUACACAAUACAGAGAAAAUCUAUUCUUGUGCUGAUAAAACUUCUACUGAUUUAGCAGAAGAGCCAAUGUUUGCUAAUCAGAACAUCAAACCCUUGCCUCCUUCCAAAUUAAAUAUUUAAUUUAAAAUUGUCAGUCCUACCAAACUCUACUGAAUAAGUAGGACUUCCUUAUUAAGCAUGCAUACCACUGUCCUGUUAAUCUGCCUUUCCAAAUCUUAAAUAGCUUGUUUACAUGUUAGCACCAUUCAUAACCUAUCAAGUAUUCAUCUUUGUAAUCUUACAUAAAUUUCAGCUUUUGCACAGAAUUGGUCAGAGCCAAAGCAUUUUUUUAAAUGUUACUUCAUGGAAGAUUAAAAAAAUAUAUAUGGGACAUGAGUACUAGGUUCUGGCUAUUCCUUUUUGAAAUGAAUGUCCAUGAAAAUUUCUUAAGGCUUAGAAAAAAUGUGUUUGUAUGUAGUUGCUGUUUGUAUCAUGCCUAUGUAUAUGUAUGGUUUUUUAAAAAAUAUUUUCAUUCUACAUGAAUUUCAACUUUGCUAA